ACUGCGCGCGCCCUUUGCCACCGGAUCCUCCCCUUCCAAUGAGACUUUCUGAUUGUGUCUACCAACUCUCCUAUUAGGAAACCCGUGGGUUGCAGGCAGCUCUCCGCUCUCGUAUUCUUGUUCCCUUCUCACUCUCCCUCCCCUCUCUCGCUCGCACUCUCCUGGAGGCACGCCGGUACCAGUUCGCUGAGAAGAACAAGCCACCAACCACCUUAAGCGAUUAAGACAACAUGCAAACCCCUAGCUUUUCAGAGUGAAAACUACUUAAAUCUGGCUGCAGCCCACACCAGUCCUUACCAGAAUGGAGUCGGUAAAACAAAGGAUUUUGACCCCGGGAAAAGAGGGGCUAAAGAAUUUUGCUGGGAAAUCCCUCGGCCAGAUCUACAGGGUGCUGGAGAAGAAGCGAGACCCUGGGGAGACCAUCGAGCUGACCGAGGAUGGGAAGGCCCUGGAGGCGCCCGAGAAGAAGGCGCCACUGUGCGACUGCACUUGCUUCGGCCUGCCGCGGCGCUACAUCAUCGCCAUCAUGAGCGGCCUGGGCUUCUGCAUUUCCUUUGGCAUCCGCUGCAAUCUGGGCGUGGCCAUCGUGGACAUGGUCAACAACAGCACCAUCCACCGCGGGGGCAAAGUCAUCAAGGAGAAAGCCAAAUUCAACUGGGACCCAGAAACCGUGGGGAUGAUCCACGGCUCCUUCUUUUGGGGCUACAUCAUCACCCAGAUUCCAGGUGGUUACAUCGCUUCUCGGCUGGCGGCCAACAGGGUCUUUGGAGCUGCUAUACUCCUCACCUCCACCUUGAAUAUGCUAAUCCCUUCAGCAGCCAGAGUGCAUUAUGGGUGUGUCAUCUUUGUUAGAAUCUUGCAGGGACUUGUUGAGGGGGUUACCUACCCAGCCUGCCAUGGCAUAUGGAGCAAGUGGGCCCCUCCUCUAGAGAGAAGUCGAUUGGCUACCACCUCCUUUUGUGGGUCCUAUGCCGGAGCCGUGAUUGCCAUGCCGUUAGCUGGCAUUCUUGUACAGUACACUGGCUGGUCUUCAGUAUUUUAUGUAUAUGGAAGCUUUGGAAUGGUCUGGUACAUGUUUUGGCUUUUGGUGUCUUAUGAGAGUCCUGCAAAGCAUCCUACUAUUACCGAUGAAGAACGUAGGUACAUAGAAGAAAGCAUUGGAGAGAGUGCAAAUCUUUUAGGUGCAAUGGAAAAAUUCAAGACUCCUUGGAGGAAAUUUUUUACAUCUAUGCCUGUCUAUGCAAUAAUUGUGGCAAACUUCUGCCGAAGCUGGACUUUUUACUUACUGCUUAUUAGUCAGCCAGCAUAUUUUGAAGAAGUCUUUGGAUUUGAAAUCAGCAAGGUUGGCAUGCUGUCUGCUGUUCCACACUUGGUCAUGACAAUCAUCGUGCCUAUUGGAGGUCAGAUUGCGGAUUUUCUAAGAAGCAAGCAAAUUCUUUCAACUACUACCGUGAGAAAGAUCAUGAAUUGUGGUGGUUUUGGAAUGGAAGCCACGCUCCUCCUGGUCGUGGGCUACUCCCACACUCGAGGGGUGGCCAUAUCCUUCCUGGUCCUGGCUGUGGGGUUCAGUGGAUUUGCCAUAUCUGGUUUCAAUGUUAACCACUUAGAUAUUGCUCCAAGAUAUGCCAGUAUCUUAAUGGGCAUUUCGAACGGUGUUGGCACAUUGUCAGGGAUGGUCUGUCCGAUCAUCGUUGGUGCAAUGACAAAGAACAAGUCGCGAGAAGAAUGGCAGUAUGUCUUCCUGAUUGCGGCUCUCGUCCACUAUGGUGGAGUUAUCUUUUACGCAAUAUUUGCCUCAGGAGAGAAGCAACCCUGGGCAGACCCCGAAGAAACAAGUGAAGAAAAGUGUGGAUUCAUUCAUGAAGAUGAACUUGAUGAGGAAACAGGGGACAUUACUCAAAAUUAUAUAAAUUAUGGUACCACUAAGUCCUAUGGUGCCACAACACAGGCAAAUGGAGGUUGGCCCAAUGGAUGGGAAAAGAAAGAGGAAUUUGUACAAGAAGAAGUUCAAGACACAUACACCUAUAAGGACCCACAUGAUUAUUCAUAACAAAGCUAACGGAUGGAUUUAUUUUUAGUGUUCGUGAUUAAAUUAAUUGUGAUUGCACAAACACUUUGAAAAAUGUGGUGUAAACAUGUAAACAUAUCAACCUGGCAAGUCUUGCUGUAAAAAUGAAAUCAAAACAAUCCCAUGAAGUUACCAUCAAGUGCAAUCUGUAGAAGUUGUGAAACCCAUCAUUUCCAUUCCAGCCAUCCGUUCUUGCAUUUGUGAUUGACAGGUUGACUGGUCAAAACUGUACAAGCAAGUAGUUACUCAUUGGGUCCAUGGGAGCUAAAACUCAUCACCAUUUAAUGAAGCACAACUAACGCAGGUGGCUCAUUCCAUAUCACACAAAAAAGUUAGGAAGCCAAAGCUAAUUGAUUGUGAAAAAUGCACUUAUAUAUUUGUUACACUGUUGCAAGAUAUCACACAAACAUCAUGCUUGACAAAAAGUAAAACUCUCAUGGUUGCUGCAUCAGACAUUGGCGACUUUUAUGGCGUGUCAAUCACCGAGUAGGACUCUGUCUCAAUUGGAGAAGUAUAUCGUGAGCUAGCAACUAGCAAGGUGUCUUGAAUAAUUACUGAGAUUAUAUGAUGUGAGAUAUUUUGUUGGACUUCUAAAAGGAGUAUCUUACAGUGUUUUAUAUGAUAUGCUGGGCACAAAUAUUUAUUUCUGUGAAAAAGACCUUACAAAGUGAGGGGUAUGGCUCACAUUCUUCCAUUCAUUUACCUAACAGUAUAAAGCACUCUACAUUUCAAUAACAUCCAACUUUUCAUGUAGCAUAUCAGAUAACUUUUUUGCAAAAAAUAUAUUAAAAAUAAAUAGACUUCAGUGUAUUUUUUAUUACAACUUUGUACUGGUUGUAACUUGCAUUAGGAAAAAAGAUAUAUACACCUUUAAGAAUCUAAUAAAAAUUACUAAUGAGAUAUAGCCCUUAAAAUGCAAUAUUAAAAACAAAGACACUAUAAAAUCAUUUAGACAUCUUUCUUCCUUAAUAAUUAAAUGCUAUAUGAAACUUGUGCCACAGAGCUAUAUGUAAUAUGAAAAGAUUAAUUUAAUAGAGCUGGUGUAAGUAGAAAACUUGAAUAUUUAAAGUCCCAUUUAAAAGAUAUUUGUUUAAAAUAUAUAAGAUGAGUAAUUAUAUUAAAGUUAUAUCUAUAUAUCAUACAUAUCCAUGCACAGAAACAUACUAAACAAUCUUCACACAAAGCCAAAAAUAACAUACACCUAACGUUGGGUUCGGGGACUGCAAUUUCUACUUUCAUAGAGUCAUAGAAUUUUAGAUGGGGAAGAGGCAUUUUGCUUGUCAUUUCUUAAUAUAACUCAACAGGAAUUGCAACAUUUGUGUACCAAGCAAUAAGUGCAAUGCAUAAAAGUUCCUGUCUGUAUAUUACCUUCAUUUUGCUUAUGGUAGCUGUUUGGGUGAUUGGAAUGAUUCCUUUUUCAUUUUAAAAAGUUAACAUCAGCUCGCUUUAAUGUUCUGAAAUGAUACUACUGCAUUUCCCAAUUCCACCCUGAAUAUUCUUGGUGUACUUAGUUGCUCUUCCGGAUAUCUGAUCUGUUCCGUGUAUUGUGCUAGUGACUGGAGCCCUGCUACUGCAAAUAUACAACAUAAAGUUUGUUACAAACAUGCAAGCCAUUAUUGACCUUAAGAACAAUAAAUCUUUUGCUUUGUGUCUCAAAGUGA